UUCUCUAUUGUGAGCAUCCAAAAUUAAUUAACCAGUGCUAGUUAGCUUAAUCACUAAAACUUUAUCAUGGAUCAGGGAAGAGUCAGUAGCACAAGUAUUAUUCUAAUGUCACUAUUAUGUAUGUUGGUAUUUCAUUCUAACAUGAGUUUUGCAGAAGAACACAUUGUUGGUGAUGGGAAAGGUUGGUCCUUUGGUGUUCAAAAUUGGCCUGCAGGAAAAACAUUCAAGGCUGGUGACACACUCGUAUUCAAUUACUCCCCUACAAGCCACAACGUGGUGGUAGUGAAUAAGUCUGGUUAUGAUUCAUGUGUGGCUCCAAAAGGAUCUAAAGUUUAUACCUCUGGAGCAGAUAGAAUUACACUUGCUAAGGGAGGGAACUACUUCUUAUGUGGUUUUCCUGGUCAUUGCAAUCUUGGACAGAAAAUUGCAGUCAAUGCUAAUUAAACUCUUAAUGUAUAAUAAUUAUCUUAAAUAAAGUU